UAUCCGUAGUAACCUGUCCUGUCCAAUGCUUGCGCCCCCUCAGAGGUGAAGAGUGUUCCAGUUCAUACUGUAAACUGUCGUUGGUUCAAGGUUUGGUUUCGGUGACAGCGCUCCGCUCUAUCGAGUUUUGAGAGCCUGGAAUACGGGUUACUGAGGCGGAAAGCCGCGUUGUAGAGAGCCAAGAUGAUGAAUAUGUGGAAAGUCCGGGAAUUGGUUGAUAAAGCAACCAAUGUGGUGAUGAACUACUCGGAGGUGGAAUCUAAAGUGAGGGAGGCCACCAACGAUGACCCCUGGGGACCUUCAGGACAGCAGAUGGCAGAUAUUUCCAGAUGUACGUUUAUGUAUGAGCAGUUUCCAGAGGCGAUGAACAUGCUGUGGAUCAGGAUGCUCCGGGAGAACAAGAAGAACUGGAGAAGGGUCUACAAGUCUCUGCUGCUGUUGUCCCACCUCAUCAGGAACGGUUCAGAGAGAGUUGUCACCAGCUCCAGAGAACACAUCUAUGACCUACGAUCUCUGGAGAGCUACCACUUUGUAGAUGAGAACGGUAAGGACCAGGGAGUGAACGUGCGUCAAAAGGUGAAGGAGAUGGUGGAUCUAAUCCAGGAUGAUGAUAGACUGAGAGAGGAGAGGAAGAAGGCAAAGAAGAACAAAGACAAAUACAUCGGCGUGUCCUCUGACGCGAGUGACCGGUAUGAUUCUGGCGGUAAUGAGGGAAGCAGUAGAGGGAAGUGGGAUGAGGACUGGAAGAGAGACCAAGGCCAGUUUCCCUUCAGUGAGAAACUGGGGGAGAUCAGUGAUAAGAUUGGCAGCACCAUCGACGACACCAUCAACAAGUUCAAGAAGCAGAGCAGAGAUGACUCACCAGACAGAUUCAGUGACAACGAGGAGGAACGAGGUCGCCCGUCGCAGAAUGGCCAGUCUGGGAGGUCAGUGUUCAAAGACGAGGAGGAAACCGUGACGACCAAGAGCGUCCAGGCAACAGAAACCACAGCAACCAAGAAGAGAGGCGGGGUUCCAUCCAAAACUGUGUCCCUGGGAGCCGCGGCCCACUACACAGGAGACAAGAGCCCUGAUACCUCUGCAAAACAGACUCUGUCCGCAGCAGCACCCCAGCCCUCCAGUAGUGGUCUGGCUGACCUAUUGAUGGUAGAUACAGGACCCAACCAGCCUGCAGCAACCACCGACCUGAUAGGAGGAUUUGCUGACUUCUCCUCACCUGCUGCCUCUGUCGGCCUCUCCACAAUACCUGCCUCCAGUGGGAACGGUGACUUUGGGGACUGGAAUGCUUUCCCUGGGGGCCAGGCCCCCGUCCCCACCCCCUUCGCCCAGCCUCUGGCCCCCAGCAACACUGACCUGUUUGGGGCUCUGUCGGCCAGCUCUGCACCAGCUCCAGCCUCCGCUGACCUGUUUAACCUGAUGGGUCCGGGCCAGACCCAGUCGCUCUCUGCCUCUCAGAGCCUCACCUUUAAUAUGACCAACACACAGACCAUCAGCAGCACCAUGCCACAGUCCAGAUCACUGUUGAUGGGCGGGCCGUUGCAGCCCCAGCAGCAGCAAGUCAUGCUGGGUACCCAGGGUUCCAUGGGGUCAGCUAUCCCCUCCACCUGGUCUGACUCUUCGGUCAACAUCAGUCUGGACUUCCUGGCACCUGGUGUGCAGCCCCCCAAACCUGUCCAGCCCACCCUCAACACACUCCAAGGAGGCCAGCCCCUCCCACCCAUCAACAUGCUCUCCCAGGGAUUCGCCGGCAUGGGCCUCGCAUCCGCCCCCAUCAGACCGGCAACAACUCCCAUGAUGCACCCUGGUGCUGGGAUGGGCAUGGCCCACAGCCAGGGCAUGAUGGGAAUGGGCAUGAACAUGGUUGCCAUGCCCCAGGCUAACAUGACCAUGGGGAUCAGGAUGCCAGCCAUGUCUAUGGGCUCUGGCAUGGUACAGCAGCAUGACGCAUUCGCAGAUUUCUGCAACUUCAGGAAGUGAGGGAAGAGGAAGAGAAGUGAGAGAGGAGGGCUGUUGUUUCUAUUUUUCUCUCCAUCCAAUCGACCGUCUGUGAAGGAUUGUAAAGAGCUGCAAACAAAGAGUACUUGAAUGUUGUCAAAUAUCAAAUACUGACUGCCACCCCUCCAUUUCCUGUUUCUAUCUUUUUUAAGUGAUGUAUAAAGAUAUGAAUAUACAUGUAUGUUUUAAUCAGUUGGAACUAAGAGGGAGAACAGUAAUGGUUGUUCAGGUUGAAUCAGAGAGAACAACUAAGAGGGAGAGAGAGAGAGAAACCGUAACAGAAUGAGACUCAGAUUUUUUACUUUAAAAUGUAAGCCAAACAAAAACCAAUGAUUUCAAAGUUAAACAACCCAUACAAUUAUAUGCACAAGGAUGACUUUUAAACUUGUAUGGCUUAACUUUGAAAUAAUGUUGUUUUCUGUUACCAUGGAAUUGCCCAUAUGAGUCUUCCUUGAAGAGAAUGUCAGUGGGGGUUUUGCUUUACUUAACCAAUUAAAUGUCCAGAGCUGAAAAAUAUAGUUUUAUAUAAUCCCACCCCAAUAACUCCCCAUCUCUUUUAGAAUGUUAAGUUGCCUCAACCUGUCCCUUCCCUACAACUGUAAAUAUUACUAUGGUGCGACGGACAAAUAAGUUAUUGAGUUCUUGAUUAUGAUAUGAUGAUGUCGUGAAGAAGUGUGUGUCAAUUGGACGGAAUCAGAUGUCAAUCAAGAUGUUGCUAUGGCAAGAUACAUUGCAAUGGAGUCAGUCUUUUAAUACUUACUUUAUAUAUCAGCGUUCCACGCUCCCAAUGUGGAAUUUCUGUUCAAUAUUAGAUUUAACAGAUCAAUCAGUUAUUUUUUGAUGGAUCGAUUUAAUAACUGAAUGAAUGAGAAAUGAUAGGAAGCUGUGGUAAUGAUAAAACACAGAUCUCCUUUGUGGCCUUUCUUAUGGGUAUAUAUUUUUUAAAGAAAUAUAAUCCUUUUUUUCCUUGCAUCCAAAUAAGAUGAUGAGUAGAUGUAGGAACAACCUGAUGGUGGGCUGUGUUCUUUAAGUACUGCACAUGGUGCCUGAGAGACUGAGCCCUUUUUCCUUCAUUACAACUAUACAGUGGUUUAGACCGUUACUGUUAGGAGUCUACUGCACAGUAUGUAUGUGUGGUUCUUACUGUGCCCUCUGGCCCCUGGGAGCCUCUGGGAGUCGGGGGAAGUUGCCCCUAGAUGCUGAUCUUGGGUCAGUUUUGCACCCCCCCCCACUAAUGGUUAAGGUUGGGAUUGUGGGAGGGGAAGCUGAUUCUAGAUCUGUACUUGGGGGAAACGCCACCCCAGAGCGUACAGCAUCUCUGAAGGAGGUUUCUCAGACAGUCCAGGUUCAGGAGAGGAUUUUUAUUUUUUGGGAUUCAUCCCAUAUAGCACCCUAUUCACUUUGUAGUGCACUACUUCCGACCAGGGCCCAUUAGGACCUGGCUCAAAAGUAGUGCACUAUAUAGGAAAUGGGUGCAAUUUGGGAUGCACACUCUGUACAUGUUGUCAGGACCAUCUCCCAUGUAGACUCCUCUGGCUCAGAGCUAUGUCGUCUUCCAUGAGUUGGGUUCAUUCCAUUUCAAUUCUGGAGGUACACUGAAAUUACAAUUUUCUUCAAUGCUUUUCAAUUACAAUUUGGUUUACUUUCUGAAUUGACCCCAACCCUGCACACACAGUAGUCUGUCUGAGAGGAGGCAUUACCUGUUGGAAACGACCAAAAUCUAUCCACUCGUUUGUUUUUUCUAAGAGAUGUUUUUAUUCUUAAGUUGUUUUGUUUAUUUUUUCUACUUAUUACAAUUGUUCUGAGAUCUUUGGUAUUGUGGGAUUGUUACUGAAAAGGAAACACUAGUUUAUGCAAAUGUGCAAAAAGAAAAAGUGAAGCAUCACCAACGAAAGAAGCCUUGAAGAUGUCGUUUUUCUUUUUGUUUGAUUUGAUUGGCCCAUCAUGAUCCUGUAUCUGACAUUAAAACAGUUUGAUUACA